GCAUAGCAUACCACCAUUCCGGUGCAGAGCUGCAUCCAUCGACAGCCGGGAGAAGCUAAGAGAGCACUGAGCGGACACAGACACUCCCUCUCUGUGUGUGUGUGUGUGUGUGUGCUUGCCUGUGUGUCCCCAGCCAAGGCACCAUCGUUUUCUCCUCCUUCUGCACUCUUCCACUACCACCUUUACCCCACAACUCUAGUCAGGAGGGACACAGGAAGGUAAAGCCUCCUUUGCCUUGUCGUUAGGAUAAAGGGAUCAACGAAGGACAAAAGAGCGUGAAUAUCAGCUGCGCGAUCCUUUUCUAUCCCCUUUCCCGCCGCCUGUCCGUCGCUGACAGUCCCCCCCGCGUACGUGCAGGCAGGAUGAUAGCGGCACAGCUUCUGGCGUAUUACUUCACCGAGCUGAAGGAUGACCAGGUCAAGAAGAUUGAUAAGUACCUGUACUCCAUGAGGUUCUCCGACGAGACGCUGCACGACAUCAAGUGCCGCUUCCGCCGGGAGCUGGAGAAUGGCCUGGGUCGUGACACCAACGCAACGGCCACCGUCAAGAUGUUGCCAACCUUUGUCAGGUCCAUCCCUGAUGGGUCAGAAAAAGGAGAUUUCAUAGCUUUGGACUUGGGUGGCUCCAACUUCCGCAUACUGCGUGUGAAGGUGUCACAUGACAAGAAGCAGCCGGUUCAGAUGGAGAGCCAGGUCUACGAGACCCCUGAGGACAUCAUUCACGGAAGUGGAACGCAGCUCUUUGACCAUGUCGCAGAUUGCCUUGGUGACUUCAUGGAAAAGCAAAAAAUCAAGGAUAAAAAACUACCUGUAGGAUUCACUUUCUCCUUCCCAUGUGCCCAAACCAAACUGGAUGAGGCCGUCUUAUUGACUUGGACAAAAAAGUUUAAAGUGAGUGGUGUGGAAGGCAUGGAUGUCGUGAAGCUCCUGAACAAGGCUAUCAAGAAAAGAGGGGACUAUGAGGCUGAUAUCAUGGCAGUUGUCAAUGACACAACCGGAACAAUGAUGACCUGUGGGUUUGACGACCAACGCUGUGAAGUCGGAAUCAUCAUAGGUACUGGUACUAACGCCUGUUACAUGGAAGAGCUGCGGCACAUCGACCUGGUGGAGGGAGACGAGGGAAGGAUGUGUAUCAACACAGAGUGGGGUGCAUUCGGAGACGAUGGCUCCCUGGAGGACCUCCGUACAGAGUUUGACCGGGAGAUCGACAGAGGCUCUGUCAACCCCGGGAAGCAGCUGUUUGAGAAGAUGGUCAGCGGGAUGUACAUGGGGGAGUUGGUCCGUCUCAUUCUGGUGAAGAUGGCCAAGGAGGGACUCCUGUUCGAGGGCCGGAUAACUCCCGAGCUUCUGACAAAAGGGAAGAUUGAAACAAAACAUGUUUCAGCAAUUGAGAAGAGCAAGGAAGGCCUGACUAAAUGCAAAGACAUCCUAACCAGGCUCGGGGUGGAGCCUUCUCACGAGGACUGCGUUUCCGUGCAACACGUGUGCACCAUCGUAUCCUUCCGCUCUGCGAACCUCAUCGCAGCUACACUGGGAGGUAUCCUUACUCACCUGAAGGACAACAAGGGCGUGCCUCGCCUGCGCACAACUGUGGGCAUUGACGGUUCCAUGUACAAGAUGCACCCUCAAUAUGCCCGGCGUCUCCACAAGACAGUGCGGCGUUUGGUGCCCGAUUCUGACGUCCGCUUCCUACUGUCCGAGAGUGGAAGUGCCAAGGGCGCUGCCAUGGUGACAGCCGUGGCAUACCGUCUUGCCGACCAGGCGCGCCAGAUUGCCCAGACACUUGCAGAGUUCUGUCUGAGCCAAGCUCAGCUGCUUGAGGUAAAGACGAGGAUGAGGACAGAGAUAGAGAAUGGUCUGGGGAAAGCGACCCACAGCUCAGCCACGGUCAAGAUGCUGCCAUCUUACGUGCGGAGCACACCCGACGGAACAGAAAACGGAGAUUUCCUUGCUCUGGAUCUGGGAGGGACAAACUUCCGAGUGUUACUGGUUAAGAUCCGUAGUGGGAAAAGACGGACCGUGGAGAUGCACAACAAAAUCUACGCCAUUCCCAUCGAGGUCAUGCAAGGGACUGGGGAGGAGCUCUUUGAUCACAUUGUGCACUGCAUCUCUGACUUCCUGGAUUACAUGGGCAUGAAGAGUGCCCGUCUGCCCCUAGGCUUCACCUUCUCCUUCCCCUGCCACCAGAAGAGCCUGGAUGCGGGUAUCCUCGUGAACUGGACCAAAGGCUUCAAAUGCACCGACUGUGAGGGGGAAGACGUGGUGGAGCUUCUACGUGAGGGGAUCAAAAGGAAGGAGGAGUUUGACCUGGAUGUGGUGGCUGUGGUAAACGAUACUGUUGGAACAAUGAUGACCUGCGCAUACGAGGAGCCCACCUGUGAGGUUGGACUUAUUGCAGGCACGGGGAGUAACGCGUGUUACAUGGAGGAAAUGAGAAACAUUGAGACGGUGGAGGGAAACGAGGGUCGCAUGUGUGUCAACAUGGAGUGGGGCGCCUUUGGGGACAACGGGUGCCUGGACGAUAUUAGGACGCAGUACGACCGCGCAGUGGAUGAGAACUCACUGAAUGAGGGCAAACAGAGGUAUGAAAAGAUGUGUAGUGGUAUGUACCUGGGAGAGAUUGUAAGAAACAUCCUGAUCGACCUGACCAAGCGCGGCUUCUUAUUCCGCGGGCAGAUCUCUGAGACACUGAAGACCAGAGGCAUCUUCGAGACAAAGUUCCUGUCCCAGAUAGAGAGCGAUCGCCUGGCCCUUUUGCAGGUCAGGGCCAUCCUUCAACAGCUUGGGCUGGACAGCACAUGUGAUGACAGUAUCAUCGUCAAAGAGGUGUGCGGCACCGUGUCCCGCCGCGCAGCUCAGAUCUGCGGAGCCGGAAUGGCUGCUGUGGUGGACAAAAUCCGUGAGAACAGAGGGCUGGAACAUCUGGACAUCACCGUGGGGGUGGACGGAACGCUGUACAAACUACACCCCCACUUCUCCCGGAUCUUCCACCAGACAGUGAAGGAGCUCGCCCCAAAGUGCAACGUCAACUUUCUGUUGUCAGAGGACGGGAGUGGCAAGGGUGCAGCUCUCAUCACAGCCGUGGGCUGUCGCCAGAGAGAGCAGGAGGCGCAGAAUGCGGCACAGCAAGCCUAAUGAGCUGUCCCGCCUGUUGCCCCCGACAAUGCCCUCCAGCUUCGCCUCUUCCAACCACCCGCCACAAAGCCCGUCGCUCGAUCUCCCCGCACACCUGACCCAUACAGCCGUGACUCCACCUCCCCCCACCUGGCCCUUCUCACAACAAGGGAGACAUGUCUGCAUGCAAAGCGAAUAACAUCAGUACACAAUAUUAAUUUAACCAUAAUUUAUACUGAACCAGAAGUGUGUAUCGUGUUUGUACAGUUUUCCUCGAAAGCUUGUCUAAUCCCGUACAAUGUUUGUGUGUUUCCAAAUUUAAUUUUUGUACGGACAGAAAUAUAUUAUUUGUAUUUAUAUAGGCCACAAUGAAUCAAGUAGGAUUUUUAUAGCGGUUACAAAAGUAGUAGUAUUUUGCUGGAUCUCUCAAUUGAACCAGUGAACAUUUCAUCCAAUGAAUGACAAAACUAAUUUACAACAAAUACACUUUUUAGACAGGCCUAGAGUUAGGGUAUCUUUUCUAAAAAGGGCUUGCUGCUUAUAGGGUCGAAUUCAAGAGUCACGGCUGAGUACACUCCGCCUUCAUACUGUUCUCCCACCAUAUACGAUACUACUACUAUUUUUGUGUAUGUCUGUCAAAGUAACACAAUAUUUAUUCCCACCUUCACCUAAUAAUUUUUCUUGAGGAUCUUGGAGAGCUUCCCCCCAUUUGAAGUGUAAUACCUUGUUGAUUAAUGUGAAUUACUGCUAUAUUUUAGGUGUUGUAUUGAAUCCUACUACCUACGCAUUGCGUGCACAAAUAAAUGUUUGUCGGGCUUCUAGAAGAGUGGCUACUCCGAGCGCUUCUGUGUUUACCUGUGGCUGAAUGUCCCUGUGAGUCCUCCUGUAACAUGACCUGUAGCUUUAUAUGUCCAAAGCUGUAUGGAAACUGCAUGCCUUAUUCUGAGACAAAUGGAGGGUACUGGAUCCUUUUAUUUUAUACAACAAAAUAGAUGUUUCGACAAGUGAAAUGUGAAAUUCAUUAAAUUAUAUUUUGUUGUGCAGUAAA